AUGACAGCCGUCAUAUCCUCCGGGGUGAAGACGACGGGGACGGGCACAGAGGAGGUCACCGGCACCGGCAAGAGCAGGGCGCUGGCCGUGGUGGCCAUCGGGACGGUCGUCGUGGUCGGCAGCGGAAGGGUCGGGGUGGGCGGCGGCGAGGACAUGAUCGCACCGAAGCUAUUUGAUACCAAAUUGAUAUGGUUCGACGGCAUCUGCAAGUGCAAGUGGAAGAACCCGCUGACGACGAUUAUGGCGCACGUGGUGUUCCUGAAGUUGGUGUGCUACCCGGAGCUGAUCCUGUCCAUCGUGUUUAUCUGCAUGAUCAUGAUCGCAGUGUGGAACUACCCGCGGCAGCCGCGGAAACCGCCGCACAUGGUCACGGAGCUGUCAGGCUCAGAGCUCGCGCACCCGGACGAGCUGAACGAGGUGUUCGAUAGCUUGCAGUCCUCCAGGCGGCCUGACGUCGUGCAGGUGCGGUAUGAUCGACUGAGGGGGAUCGCCGGUAGGGUACAGACAGUGGUUGGCAACCUGGCUACCCAGGGGGAGCGCGCGCAGUCCCUGCUCCGCUGGCGCGACCCCAGGGUGACUCCCGUCUUCAUGACACUCUUCUUGGUGGUGGCCAUCGUACUGCACCUAACGCCGUUCCGGACGGUGGGCAUGGUUUCGAGGCAGGAGCAACCUGCGCUUCAACUUCUACAAUCGCCUGCCCUCCAAUGA